AUGAUGCUCCGCGCUCGUACUCGUGUGGCGCCCACCGUCGCCCGCGCCGGCAACCUCAACCUCGCGCGCACCCUCAUCGCCCAACCCCCGACGCUUCCCAACAACGCGCCCCCGUCUCCCCUCCCCACCAAGCUCAAGCCCAAUGACCCCGAGACCAAGGAGGCCAAGGCCAACAUGACCAACCUUGUCGAGAACCUCAAGGCUCUCCGCGCGAAGGCCCGGGAAGGAGGCGGCAAGAAGACGCUCGAGAAGUGGAAGGCCAAGGGCCAGGGCAAGCUCAGCGCCCGGGAACGUGUCCAGGCUCUCCUCGACCCCGACAGUGCCUUCCUCGAGCUCUCUCCCCUCGCUGCCCACGAGGUCUACCCCGAUGACCUUCCCGGAGCCGGUAUCAUCACCGGUAUCGGAACUGUUUCCGGAACGCGCUGCAUGAUUAUUGCCAACGACCCCACUGUCAAGGGUGGAGCUUACUAUCCUCUGACCGUUAAGAAGCACCUCCGCGCGCAGCAGGUUGCUCUUGAGAACCGCCUGCCGUGUGUCUACCUCGUCGAGUCUGGUGGUGCCGCUCUCCCCUACCAGUCGAACGUGUUCCCGGACCACGACCACUUCGGCCGCAUCUUCUACAACAUGGCCCGCAUGUCCGGUCUCGGUAUCCCCCAGAUCUCGGUUACGCAUGGUAUCUCGGUCGCCGGCGGUGCUUACAUGCCCGCCAUGUCCGAUGUCGUCAUCAUCGUCAAGAACCAGGGUCGUAUUUUCCUUGCCGGUCCCCCGCUCGUCAAGGCUGCCACUGGUGAGGUCGUUGACGACGAGACCCUCGGAGGUGGUGACAUGCACACUUCGGUCUCUGGUGUUGCCGACUACCUCGCGCAGAACGACGCCCACGCCAUCCGUCUCGCGCGUGAGGCCGUCCUCGACCUCGGCAAGGCGACUGUCCCCUCUGCCAAGGCUCCCCGCGAGACCCGCGAGCCUGCCUACCCUGCCGAGGAGCUCAACUCUAUUGUCCCCGCCGACUCUCGCAAGUCCUUCGACAUGAAGGAGGUCAUUGCUCGCAUCACCGACGGAUCCGAGUUCCGCGAGUUCAAGAAGGAGUACGGCAAGACCGUUAUCACCGGCUUCGCCGAGAUCCACGGCCACACUGUCGGCAUCGUCGCCAACAACGGUGUCCUGCUUUCGCCCUCUGCGCUCAAGGCGACCCACUUCAUCGAGCUGUGCAACCAGCGUGGCAUUCCCCUUGUCUUCCUCGUCAACGUUUCGGGCUACAUGGUCGGUCAGGCCGCCGAGCGUGGCGGUAUCGCGAAGGACGGCGCCAAGAUGGUCCGCGCCGUCGCCCGCGCCAAGGUGCCCAAGUUUACCGUCGUCGUGAACGGUUCGUACGGUGCGGGUAACUACGGAAUGUGUGGCCGUGCCUACUCGCCGCGAUUCCUCUUCAUGUGGCCCAACGCCAAGGUCUGUGUCAUGGGUCCCGACCAGCUGUCCAGCGUCAUGCAGACCGUCUCGGGCAACCGCAACGCCGCCGACGCCGAGAAGAAGUUCGCCGAGCUCCGCGCGCGUAUUGAGAAGGAGUCUGAGGCGCUCUACUCGACCGCCCGUCUCUGGGACGACGGCAUCAUCCAGCCCUCCGACACGCGUGACGUCCUCGGCCUCGCCCUCGAGGUCGCUGCCGACGAGAAGGCCAGCCGCCCUCAGGGCGGUAACGGAGGAAGCCGUGGCGAGAUCGGUGCCGACGGCGACUCGGGCGACUGGGGUGUGUUCCGCAUGUAA